AUGACGCUGGUUUAUUUAUUAUUAUCUCUAGGUAUAUUCGUAUUUGGUGAGUUUUUGGAGGAAAGUAUUGUGAUUCAACUCGCGGAUGGGCCACAUGCCAACUACCUGAAUCUCUUAGAUUUGUUUUGCUUUGGGUCUUACGUGGACUAUUGUCAGAAGAAGGACCAGUUUCCAGAUCUUAGUGAUGCACAAAUUCGGAAGUUGAAGCAGUUGACAAUUAUCGAUGAAGCCUACACGUGCAGACAAAUUCCCUAUAAGAUAUUAAUGGACAAACUUUCAAUUUCAUCACUGAGAGAACUUGAAGAUUUGAUUAUUGAUUUGAUGUAUCUAGAGGCGAUCACGGGCAAACUUGAUCAGCAAAGGGCUCUUCUCGACGUGGACUCGGCUAUAGGUCGUGAUGUCAAACAAGAAGAGAUUACCCAUCUUCAUACAUCGCUUACUCAGUGGUGUGAAAGAGUGGAUUAUGUAUUGAACCAUCUAGCUAAUGAAAUAAAGUUAGCUCACGUCCAGCGACAAGAGGUUGAUACCCAUAAAGAGCAGUUGACUAACGAAGCUGCCGCUCUUAAGAUUGCAAUUAAGAGCCAACUCCGAAAAGCACAAAGCGAUGCUUCCCGAAUGGACAUUGAUGAAUGCCUUGGUUUGCCCGAAUUGAUGCUUCCU